CACGUUGUUUUCAGCAUCAGUCGAUCUUGGGAUUCGCUGACAAACUUGAACGUCCUAUUCCCAUGUGGAUUUUGUUGAACGUGGGUAUGCGUUGGAAAAUCCACUUGUUUUCAAGGUGUGCUUUGUUAAUCAAAGUUCUAUGUAACUAAGGGGGAUUUAGACCGGCGUUCGUGUGCUUUGCGAACCCACUUGUUUUCAAGGCGUGCAUUGUUAAUCAAAGUUCUAGUACAAAGAGGCAAUUAGAACCAGUGAAUGUAUGGAGUGUUCGGCUUGUAGCGACGGAUUUGUGUUUUGAAAACGUUUGUGAUGUAUGUGAUGUUGUGGCUCCACGCUGAUUGGAGUCUAUGCUGUUAUUACCAUACUUAGGAGUAAUUGAGGUACUCCGCGAAGUAGUGCCAUACAUGUUUCAAACAAGCAUUCCAUUAUUAACCGCCGAGAUUUGCAUUUGACGAUGUCAUAUUAAGUGGAACAAUAACGAGGCAUAGUUAGCAUUUUCAUGCUAUUCAAAUAGCAACACUUUUUAAAUACAAGCAUUAGCAACGUUUUUAAGAGCAAAAGGGUUGCUUUGACCUGAGGAAGGGUUCUAAGCAUCGGCGAAAUUUUGUCACUGACUUUUUACAACUUUUGGAUAUUUUCUUAGUUGUUUCAAAGAUUUGAACAUCCCAAAAUGUGUCUUUACAAGGACGCCAGUUUGUUUGCGAUGAUCUCGUUCGGACUGACCAUUGUGGCCUUCUUGUUGAAUAUGUUUGGUUUCUACACGUCCCUUUGGGCAACGCAAACGUUUAUGCACCCGGCACCAAACGAUAUAACCGCCACGUGGUCGUUUGGCCUUUGGAAGGAUUGCUACUCGACGACAUGGUUCUUUCGGUGUUACGACGUUAAAGAUAUUGGUUGGCUGAAGGCUACUCAGGCCUUUGAGGUGCUUGGAUUCAUCGCUGCAGUCGUCGCGCUGAUCCUGAUCAUUCUCUACAUCUUCGUGCCGGCCACUUCCGGCAAGCGGAUCGUCUUCAUCCUGAGCAUUUUAGCCUGCUUUGCCGCAGCCGGUUGCAUUCUCCUAGGCAUCAUCAUCUAUGGCUCGGAAGUGAAACACAACCUCUCGUGGUCGUUCGCUCUCUGCUGUAUAGCGGGCAUCAUCUUCGCCAUUUCCGGCCUUCUGCUGGUCGUCGACAUGUGCAAACGUUAAAUUGUAUACUCAGCCGAAGACGUCAUUAUGUUUUUUUAACAUGACGUCAUUUAAAUAUAUACAACAUUUAAUGACGUUAUUCCCUGAUCUAUUUUUAGACUUCUUUUUUAUUCUUCUCAUUUAUUAUGCAAUAUUUUAACGGGUGCAUAGAUUUUGUGAAGUUUGUUUGUUGAUUUUGGUUUAAUACGUCUCGAUUUAACGUAAGUGGCAUAUUUCUUAAGAACCUAUUUUUAAUUUGGCGUAAAAGGUUGUUUGAUUCAACUUACAUCUACGAAAAAAAGGGUUGGUAGGUCGGCUCAGCAUUUAUUUCUAAAUUUUGUACUUCCCACUAAAAUAACAAUACCAAGUGACAGAAAACUUCCACUUUUAAUAUGAUUUAAUGUGGCAAAAAUGAUUUUUUAAAAAACUUUGAAUAGAAAAAAUAGGGUCGGUAGAUCUAUAACGAUUCAGAUCAGUCUGGUGGGUGAAAACGAAAACGUAUUUGGACGAAGGAUUGUGAAGUUGAAAAAAACUUUCGAAAUUAAAAACUGUAAAUUAUUUAAUUAAUAUUACAUAUUUUAGAAUUGCGUCGCAGAACCGAAUGAUAUUUAUGUGUAUUACAAUGUGUAUGUUUUAAUACGCAGUACUUAAUCUGGUAAAAUAUCAAAGCCCGUGGGGUUGUUUGUGAAACGGCAUAGUGCAGUGAAAAAAAAUCCAGAUUUUAUAUUGAUUUCAUAAUUCCAAGCGAAUAUCGUCGUUGAAAUUCUAAAGCCAAAGGCUUCCAUAGAUGUUUUAACAGGUUGAAACCCCGACCUAUUCUGAACAUUACCCAACCCUAUAAAAGUGAAAUAAAUUAUAUUAGCUUGCUUUAUUUGUUUCAUCUGUAUUUUUGUAUUGGUCAUAAUUUGUUUUUAUAGCAAUCUGACAGUCACAUGUGUGCAAAGUAAUGUUUUGGGAUUUUAGGCCUAUCUGUAUUUUGAAUAUGGAUUAAAUCUAGCGACUUUUCACUACAUGGAAAAAUGAUACCUAUGUACUUACUUAAUUUUGACGAGACGUUUUAAAGUAUCGCAAAUCAACAUAUUUUACGCCUUAUGAAUACAUUUUAGAUACCUUCGGACAAAACAAUAACAACAGCAUAAAUAUAACUCGCCUCUAUUUGUUUUAAUCGUCUUUUUAUUUUUAUUUUGCAAAAUCUGAGUUUACUGUAUUAUGCAAGUGGUUUAUUUUUAAUAGGGUUUUCAAACCGAAAUAGUUGAUGAAAGAGUCAUAUUAUUAUAAUAACCUCAUUUCUGACGGAAAAUUCAAGAAACAAAUAAGACCAUACGCUAAAAACGAAUUGUGAGUCCUCUUAAUAUUAGCAAUUUUUUUUUUUUUUCAUAUUUUGAACUUAUAUACGUGUUUAUGAUUGUGCUCUUAACGGGUUGACAGUAUGGCUUUAACAUACACACAUAUAUUUUGCUUACACCGUUUGCUGAAGGGUCUGUAAAUUACAUUAUUUUUGUUGUUUUUUGUAUAUCACUAUUGUAUUCGUAGAUUUUGGUUAAUAAAUUCUAGAAAAAAAAAACUUAUCAAUAUUAA